AUGUCAGCGGCAGGUGUCAAUGGAGAAAUUGGGAAAGCAGCUAUUGAAAAUUGGCUAUCAGAUCAUCGUCUUCCGUUUCGCCCCUUUCUAAGAGGCAAUCUUGAAAAGGCCAUUAGAUACCACGAAAAUUCAAAGAUGGGUUCCUCAAACUCAUCUCUGAAGAAUGUUACGCCGCUCCAAGAACAAAAACCUGAGAUCUUGGCAUCUCACGAGGAAGACGAAGAGAAUGAAGAUCCAAGACCUGCAAAAAGAAGGAAGACCACGACUACCAAUUCUACCUCAGUACUCGCUCACAAUUUCUCGAGUCGAUCUUUGUCUUCAACGUCAACUUUGGCUUCAGCAACAGCGUCGUCUUCACUUAGUCAUUCCACAAGUGAAGAAUCUCGAAAACCAACAAGUUUUCCUAGCAGAUCUCAGGUGAAUAAGAUCAAACCCACGGAAUUUUACGGUCGUCAACCAUCAAUUUCCGAAGGAUCCAGAUCAAACCCUUCAACUGAGAGAUCAAAGCCUGAUCGAGUUCGAAUUGACUCUGUACUGAAAUUAACAGAACCCCCUAUGGACUUUCAAAAAUUACUACGAAUUCGGGUUGCCAGCAUAAUCCACGGCCCAAGUCAUGGAGAAGCUGAAGAUGAAGGUAGUCAUACCGGUAGUCAAUACUCAAAUAUCAAAUGUACUCUAGCUUUGCUCCGUGUUUCAGAGGAUGAAUCUUUGAUAGAUAUCUAUCGGCAACCUCAGACAGGAAGGAUCCGAAGGACAUCUGAGGGCCGCAAAAACGAUACUUGUCCAGUAUACUUGCCACCCUUUCACAUACCGUCGGCUGUCCUUUUUCAGGAUCCAAAUCUUGAGGAUUCGUCAGAUCAAAUGCAAAGUCCGAACGAACUUGGGAUAUAUAGAGUUCAGUUAUUGAUCGAGCCAUACCAAGCUAAUCGAAAAGACUGGUUGCCUUUGACGAUUUCCAGUCUUCCGCACAACAGUCACAUCGCGAGAAAGAUAUCCAAAGGAGAAGCAAGACUUACUGACGUGCGCCAAAUCAUAUGCGAGUUUUUGCUCUUUGACUGGAAUAGCAAGCAAAGGACAGAUCAAAUUGAGCUAAUCUACGACGGGGUAAGAAUUGAAACUUCGGCAUCUUUGAAAUUGGAUAUACAAUGGUCACUACCUAGUCAACUGAGUAAGAAGGAAGAAAUUAUCGCACCGAAAUUACAAACCCCGGUUCCCGAGACAGCUUCCGAAUUAGUUCUACCCCAUCUUCUAUCCCCACAGAAGUUAGAGACAAUAGAGCCUGGAAGCCCUCCUCGUGCUCAGAGACGUGGUCGUGCAAACAUCCCGACGUACAAUCUCAAAGCGUUGAGUGCAAAAGCUCAAGGCAAGAAACUGAAAGCUCAAUGGAGCAAUGAAAGUUCAGGGACUUCUGCGGCUGCGGCUGAUACCGGCGAAAACGCAACCUAUACAUUUAGCAAAGCGAAUGCAGAAUUGUAUGGUAUCAAACAAAUACAUGUGGUCGCUGGAUUCUUGUGCCCUAUAUGCAGUUUAGACGCCAAAUGCAUGCAAAAUCUUCGUCUUCAUUUCAUGACCACACAUGAUCGAUUUACAUUUCAUGUUCGAUUCAAAUCGUCCUUUGUCGUCGAAUUCAACAAGGGUUCUCGACAUUCGAAGGGAACUCAUUCGUCGCAGAUCAUCCAGCUUCGGAGAGCCACUACUUUAUUGGAUUUGGAGAAAUACCUUUCUGGCGACUGUUCUUGGGCGGAAGUUAGGGAAGGACCUCAGAAUAAUCAAUGGCCAGAUAGCCUUGCUCAUUUGGGGAUUGAAGCCUCACCAUCUCCAUCACCUCAAAGUUCACGCCAGAGCUCACUAGAUAUAUUGGACAUUGACACUGAAACAAAGGAGGGUGGGGGUUUGGUUCCAGAACCUGCCUAUAUUCGGCACCUGGCUAGCCUACCCAUCAGAAACAAGAAAAAGUACUACGUUCCUGAUAUCAAAAACGGUCCAUAUCCUAGGUCUGUUUAUACUCCCGAUGUUGUAGAUCGGGUAUUUUAUGACCUACGCACGAAGCGAGUUUUGGAGCCUGCAGAGGAACUACCCGAUAGCGACGAUGAGAAGGAUGAAGCAUGGUUUUUGCAUAAGCGUAAAUGGAUUAUCAACGACUACAUAGAUCUCACCGAUGAUGAGAAGGAAUAUCUCAUCAAAUGGGAAGAAUUCAUCAUGGCCGAACGACUAACUAAUACAAGGCACCUUUCGGAGACGAUCAAGAGAUUUGUGGCAAGAAAUCGUGUCUGGUUCGCCGAGAAGAAGGCCCGUAAGCAGGAGUGGCAUAAGCAGGUAGAAUUGUUGGUUAUGAGAGAUAAGCUUGAAGACCAGCCGCUUAUGUCUCAUUGCGACAAACUCUUCGAACAAGGGAAGAAGGAAUUAGAUGCAAGAAAUUCAGAGCCAAAGGCUGAGUCGAAGUCGGAGUUGAAACCAGAAGGGCAACCAGAACCAGCAAAGGAGAUGAGAGGAUGCACGGUUUGUGUAUGCGGUGAUCCUGUUCAAGAUCCUGAUCAGGUUAUUUGCAGUGGAGAGCGAUGUCCCGAUUCUCACUAUCAUAAAGAGUGUGCCAAAAAGUCUAAUCGCUCAAUCGUACCCAAAGGCACUUGGUUAUGUGAUAGGUGUAAUAUAAGAGCAUCUCUUUUACAAAAAUCGGCUCUCACUGGUGUUGCAAUGGAGAAUAAUUAUCAAGACAGGGUGCCGAUACAGAGGUGA